ACUUUGGAUCAGAAACCCCAGAGCUCUACUGCAGCAGCAUAUAUCCCUUACCUGCACAAUGUCUCUCCUCACCCACAUUUUGGCCGUCCUGUUCGGGAUGGGUUCCUGGGUCUCCAUCAACGGUCUCUGGGUGGAGCUGCCUCUGAUCGUCCCUCAUAUCCCUGAAGGCUGGUUCCUGCCCUCCUACCUCUCUGUCCUCAUCCAAAUGGCCAACGUGGGACCCAUUUUCGUCACUCUAAUGCAUCGGUUUCACCCCGGAAAACUCAACGAAACUGCGGUCAUAUACAUUAUCAUAGGUUUGGGCACAGUAGCUAGCUUUUUACUUGGAUUUUUUUGGAAAGAAACUCUAGUUGUGUCCGGCUUUCAUCGUAGCGGUGCAUUAUUGGUCCUUACUUUUUUUUUAGCCACUGUAGACUGCACCUCCUCUGUCACGUUUUUACCAUUCAUGAUGCAAUUAAAGCCAGAAUAUUUGACCACUUAUUACAUUGGAGAAGGCGUGAGUGGGCUGCUUCCUGCAUUAGUCGCUUUAGUUCAAGGAGUAGGUGUUGUUCAUUGCAUAAACAGUACCCACAUUUCAAACCAAACAUCCAAUACUUCUUCAUUUGAACUCCAAGCGCAAUACCAGCCUGCAAACUUCUCCGUAGAGGUUUUUUUCUUCUUUUUAAGCGCGAUGAUGCUAGUUUGUCUGGUAGCGUUCAUCCUGCUGAACUACCACCCCGCAGUAGCAAGAGAACCCACCAAUGGACGCUAUACGAAUGGGGUAAAAGCCAAAAAUAACAAGUGGCCCGAGCAGAAUUUGAUGUUAGAUUCUUAUAAAACCCCCAAAAGAAGAAGCCGCUUUGGGACUGGGGCGUACAGUGUGGUGGAGGUGGUGUAUAUAUUUGUGAUUCUGGCCUGGGUUAAUGGUUUGUCCAAUGUAGUAUUACCUUCAGUGCAGUCCUACUCCUGUAUGCCCUAUGGGAACAAUGUCUACCACCUGAGUGCUACGAUGGCGGCUGUGUCUAACCCCCUGGCCUGCUUCAUCGCUAUGUUUCUGCCCAAAAGAUCCCUGGUGUUGAUGGGGAGUCUUACAAUCGUUGGCAGUGGGGUGGGGGCCUACAUCAUGUGGAUGGCUGCCCUCAGUCCCUGUCCGCUCUUGGUGCAUGGCCCAUGGGGAGGAGUCAUUAUGGUGCUGGCAUGGGUGGUGUUUGUGCUCACUCUGUCCUACGUGAAGGUGAUGGUGGGAGUGAUCCUGCGUGAUGAAGGACACAGCGCUCUUGUGUGGUGUGGCGCAGUGGUGCAGUUGGGUUCUCUGCUUGGGGCGGUCACCAUGUUUCCUCUGGUCAGCAUCUUCAGCUUCUUCUCAUCAGGAGACCCCUGCAACACCAAGUGCCCCUGAACCAACACCAGUCAGACUUUUACCAAACAACAAUCAAGCCUUGUUUCUACAGAGUGGGACAAAACAGGAGACGAGACUCUACAUUCAGUUUGUUGCCAGGUUAUGGAAGAUUUACACUUUUUAUUUUCUGCAUAAUUUUGUAUAGGACCAGACUAUCCUUAUGUGCAUGAAAUUAAACCAGUGAUCUAAAAGCUCUAUUGCCAGUUAAGCAAACUCAAGGAUGUUAAAAUGAUGGAUUACCAUGUUAAGUUGUCUUUUGCGCAGAUAUUACUUGUGCUAAUUUUAUUUUCCAGUUUUGUUCUUGGUGGUGUAUUUUUUAAUUAAGUUACUUUCUAUUUCUUCUUUAUAUUGCUCCAGUUGUUUAGAUGGUCUUUUGUAUUCUAUACCAGACAAAACAUGGGUCAAAGUCCUGCUCAAGGUAAGAUUAUCAGAAGCCUGUGCAGUAUGCCACUGUAAAUAACCUAAUCCUCACUAUAAACCCACAUAGAGACCGACUCAGUGAAGGUCGGAUUGUUCUGGAUUUGACCAGUGAAUUAAGCGUAAUGUCAUGAGUUAUUAGAUUUAUUUUUUAUUUAAAUACAUUAUGUCAUAUACAAUAUGACUAAA